UUGAGAGUCUUUCUGUGAUCUUAUUGCUAUCACAGCAGUAUAAUUGAAAUUUGUCAACCCAUCUACAAUGGAGCUUUCGGCGAUCUCUAUUGAUGGGAAACACAAAACCAUGCCUUUAUUUCUCUUAACGCUAUGAACGCUGUCGGAGAUUUGUGCGAUGCUGAGGAAAAUAAGAUAGAUGAAGAAUGACAAACUGCAACUACACGGCAAGCAAUGGCACCCUGAUUAGUCUGACAUGCGCAGGUAACUGCUGCACCGGAAGUGGUGUCAAUUACUGUUCUACAGCAACUUGUCCAAACACUUCCACCGCAAGCGAGGAUAAUUUACCAGUAUUAUUUUGGGGUAUCUUAGGGGGACUGUUUGCGGUUGGAAUCAUUCUUAUUGCUGUGACCUACAUCGUUUGUCGAUUCAGGUCUCCUAAUAGUUGCAUGAAAGAUUAUUCAGAUGAAGAAAUAUUUGAUGCAAAUUCAGUGACAUCACAACGACGACGGUCCUCGUUAUUUGUGACAAAGUACUUUAUGCGAAGAGAAAGUAUUUGGAGAUUAAAGACUAGAAGAAAAUCGCAACUAACUGUGAAAGUGCAUGGGACAAAUUUAGGUCAUGCAAGUACAAGCAAGUUAGACGUUCGGGUAGAAAAUUUAUCGAAAACAACCUUAGUGAACAAUGGAGGGUUGAAAUCUACAAAUGGAGGGGGAGGAGGCUAUAAAAAUUCCCCUUCAUCUCUACCGGAAGUGGUUGAUUGA